AUGGACCACUGGCAAGAGUCAGUGAGGACAGUAAUGCUUGACAAAGCCCUUUUUGUCCUGGAAGUCCCCGUGAUGCAGGAUGCAGGAAGUCAACAAAUAGGCUUUUUACUUGGAAGCUGUGGAGUUACUGUGGCCUUGACUAGCGACGCAUGCCAUAAAGGACUGCCUAAAAGCCCCACAGGGGAGAUCCCACAGUUUAAAGGCUGGCCAAAGCUGCUGUGGUUUGUCACAGAGUCUAAACACCUAUCCAAGCCGCCUCGCGACUGGUUCCCACACAUCAAGGAUGCAAACAAUGACACAGCUUACAUUGAGUACAAAACAUGUAAAGAUGGAAGCGUGCUUGGGGUUACUGUGACAAGGAUUGCACUGCUGACACACUGCCAAGCUCUGACCCAGGCGUGUGGAUACACAGAAGCUGAAACAAUUGUGAAUGUACUAGAUUUCAAGAAAGAUGUUGGUUUAUGGCAUGGGAUUCUUACAAGUGUCAUGAACAUGAUGCAUGUUAUAAGUAUUCCAUACUCCUUAAUGAAAGUGAAUCCACUGUCAUGGAUACAAAAAGUCUGUCAAUACAAAGCAAAAGUUGCCUGUGUAAAAUCCAGAGACAUGCACUGGGCAUUGGUGGCACAUCGAGAUCAGAGAGACAUCAACCUUUCCUCACUGCGUAUGCUGAUAGUGGCUGAUGGUGCAAACCCAUGGUCUAUUUCUUCCUGUGAUGCAUUUCUCAAUGUCUUCCAAAGUAAAGGUCUAAGACAGGAGGUCAUUUGUCCCUGCGCUAGUUCACCAGAAGCUCUCACUGUGGCUAUUCGAAGGCCAACAGAUGACAGCAACCAGCCACCAGGCAGAGGAGUUCUGUCCAUGCAUGGUCUCACUUACGGCGUGAUUCGAGUAGACUCUGAAGAAAAGCUUUCUGUUCUGACUGUCCAGGAUGUUGGCUUAGUGAUGCCAGGAGCUAUAAUGUGUUCAGUGAAGCCAGAUGGAAUUCCUCAGCUCUGUAAAACAGAUGAAAUAGGAGAACUUUGUGUAUGUGCUAUUGCAACGGGUACAUCGUAUUAUGGACUCUCGGGCAUGACCAAAAAUACUUUUGAGGUGUUUCCUAUGACCAGUUCUGGUGGCCCUAUUACUGAAUAUCCUUUUAUAAGGACUGGACUACUAGGCUUUAUAGGACCGGGUGGACUUGUCUUCGUUAUUGGCAAAAUGGAUGGUUUGAUGGUUGUCAGUGGAAGAAGACAUAAUGCUGAUGACAUUGUAGCAACAGCGCUGGCUGUGGAACCAAUGAAAUUUGUCUACAGGGGAAGAAUAGCAGUGUUUUCAGUGAGCGUGCUGCAUGAUGAAAGGAUAGUUAUCGUUGCUGAGCAAAGGCCGGAUUCCACAGAGGAAGACAGUUUUCAGUGGAUGAGUAGAGUUCUUCAGGCUAUCGACAGUAUUCAUCAAGUGGGAGUCUACUGCUUAGCGCUCGUACCAGCAAACACGCUUCCCAAGACGCCGCUGGGAGGAAUACAUCUGUCAGAAACCAAACAGCUCUUCUUGGAAGGAUCGCUGCAUCCUUGUAAUGUGCUGAUGUGUCCCCAUACAUGUGUAACAAACCUGCCUAAACCAAGGCAAAAACAACCAGAAAUUGGCCCUGCCUCUGUGAUGGUGGGGAACUUGGUCUCUGGAAAAAGAAUUGCACAGGCCAGUGGGAGAGAUUUGGGGCAAAUAGAAGAUAAUGACCAAGCUAGAAAGUUCCUCUUCCUCUCAGAAGUGUUGCAGUGGAGAGCUCAGACCACUCCUGACCAUGUGCUUUACACUCUACUCAACUGCAGGGGAACAAUAGCCAACUCACUAACAUGUGUCCAGCUGCAUAAACGAGCUGAGAAGAUAGCUGUCAUGUUGAUGGAAAGGGGACAUUUACAAGAUGGAGACCAUGUGGCUUUGGUUUACCCACCAGGAAUAGACCUGAUUGCUGCAUUUUACGGAUGCCUGUAUGCAGGCUGUGUGCCAAUAACAGUUCGACCUCCACAUCCUCAGAAUAUAGCGACCACGUUACCUACAGUGAAGAUGAUUGUGGAGGUGAGCCGCUCUGCCUGCUUAAUGACUACACAAUUAAUAUGUAAAUUGUUACGGUCACGAGAGGCGGCAGCAGCAGUGGAUGUCAGAACAUGGCCACCAGUACUAGACACAGACGAUUUGCCAAAGAAGCGGCCUGCACAGAUCUACAAACCUUCUAACCCUGAAACGCUUGCUUACCUUGACUUCAGUGUCUCCACAACUGGCAUGCUAGCAGGGGUAAAGAUGUCUCAUGCAGCCACUAGUGCCUUUUGUCGUUCUAUUAAGCUGCAGUGUGAGCUUUAUCCCUCCAGAGAAGUCGCUAUCUGCUUGGACCCCUACUGUGGACUUGGGUUUGUCCUCUGGUGCCUCUGCAGCGUUUAUUCAGGACACCAGUCUAUUUUGAUUCCUCCCUCAGAACUGGAGACCAAUCCUGCUCUGUGGCUUCUUGCUGUGAGUCAGUACAAAGUGAGAGACACUUUUUGUUCCUAUUCGGUCAUGGAGCUUUGUACUAAGGGACUCGGUUCACAAACAGAGUCGCUGAAGGCAAGGGGACUGGACCUUUCACGUGUACGGACAUGUGUAGUAGUGGCUGAAGAACGACCUCGGAUAGCUCUUACUCAGUCAUUUUCAAAGUUAUUUAAAGAUCUUGGUCUCCAUCCACGGGCUGUCAGUACGUCACUUGGCUGUAGAGUUAACCUGGCAAUAUGUUUACAGCCGCACAGGCUGGGGAAGCUGGCCGAGCAGGGAACAUCUGGACCAGAUCCCACCACAGUGUAUGUUGAUAUGAGGGCACUGAGGCACGACAG